GCCAAGUAACCUCUCCUUCCUUUCAACAAAGGUGACAUCUUCUUCUUAACUUUUAGUAAGUGCCGUAAGUGAGAGCAACAUCCUAUCGAGGUUGAAACGCUAGAGUUCUUUGAAGCCGGUUUUACUUUGUGCUUUUGUUUUACAGGCUGAAAAACACUUUUGUAAGUUCCGUAGCAAAAACCAAAUCGAGGUUGAAAUGCGUGGAGGCGUUUCUAUUUGUUUUUUUUGAAAUCUUUGCAUCGCAGGUUGCAAGUCUCAUGUUCUCACGUCAGUCCUAAGACUGCUAAAAGCAGCUGGUCCCUUCGCUCUCUACUCGGAAGGAAAAACGAGUUGCUGAUCCAAUCGAUGACUAGUGGUGGAUGAUGCUCGGCUUUCAUCAGGAUGAUGGAGAUCACCAGGGGAUAGACUUCAAACCGUAUUUCAUUACCGACAGGCUUGUCAGUUUGAGCAGCUUCGUUUUGGGAUUGUUACAGCUAACAGGUCCUCGCCGGGCGCCUCCUCCUCUGGCAAAGAAUUGGAGCGCUGGAUGUACGUGUUGUAAGCCACCACCACGUUCUUCGUGUAAGGACGUCCGGUCGGAAUGGGGCUGUAGAACACACUCCUAAGAUUCUGUGGGGGAGGAGCAAUGGAUUCCAUGUAGCAGCGUUGCUGAAGGCGAGAGCGACGAGGUUGAGAAGCCAGAUUUCCUGAAAAGAAUGUCUACUGUACACCUGCUUUUGCUGCUGCUGCUACUUCUUGUGCGGAGCCCGGUUCCCCUCCAGGCAGAGCACAACAUCUUCGACAGGGGAGCAGGGACUUCUUUCUCUUCUGCAACCGUGAACAGGGGAAACAAACAGGUCCAGAUGCAAGUGUGCAUCACAAUUGGAUGCUGCCAUCACGUGUGCAGACAAUUCUCAGGAGAGAGUAGUAGCACCACUUCAGUAGAGCAGCAGCAGGAACCUCCAGAGCUGGCAUCAUUUCUUCAGUAUGCCUCACCGCCGCAGCAGGAAGACGAAGUGUGUCAAGUUUUAGCCCUGGAGGAGCAGCGGAAUGACAACGCCGCAGUCGUUCCCAGAAGUCUGGAGUUUAAUCAGCAGGCCCUCUUCUCUCCGUCGAUAAAGUUUCUGACUAUACUGAACACUGACAACAGCUCCUGGAUCAAAAUUCUUCAGGCUACCAGCACAGACAAGCAGUUUUUUAUCCAAGCUCUUGACGAGAAAAGCGUCAUAGCUCCCGGCGAGAGUCUGACAGUGGCAGUUGUGUUCUUGCCCCGGAAGACUGGAAUAGCCAGCGGGAAGAUCCUCUUCCAGACCAGUGCUGGAGGCCUCGAAACUCUGGUGAUUGGCGAAGCUGUCGGAAAUUCUCAUCAGGCUACGAGCUUGGAAGAUAUUGAAGCAGUCCAAGGCAAGCUCAUCCAGAGAACAUUAAGUUUCUACAACCCGGACGAAGAGGCCGUCGAAAUCACGGAACUGCAUGUCUGGCCUGGAGAUUCUCACAAGAAAGCCCUCUGCUCGCCGGCAACUGAUGAGUCGUCACCAACGGAUAAAGUCUCCAGCUGCUUCGCAAAUGGUUUCCCCUCGGCAAUUCUCUCGAAAACAAAGGACGAAAAGUAUGCUUCGCAAGGAAUGCUAGUUUCACUAGAGAGGCUGGACGAUCCGUGGAUAAUUCAGUCACGACAAGCUGCCGACAUUGCUCGCCUCGAUAUGACCGUAAGCCGAGCUGGUGCCUGGGAUGGGCACGUCUACAUAAGAUUCUCGCAAAGUGGCGGAGGAAAAGUUAUGAUUUUUCCAUUGGGAUUGCAAGUGUGCCCGGAAGACGGAACCUGCGAAAAAGAAUCGUCAGUAGCUGCAACAAAAGUGACCAAGACCGCAAAGCAGGACAAUGAAGCAGUGGCUUCCGGAAGCUGGGUACAAACCAACGAUUUGAUGGCACUCAGAAUGGCGGAGGCACUCCUGAAGGAUUUGGCACAUACGUUGUUGAGACAGCGAGAUAUCCGAAAAGGCGGGUUGGCUGCAAAUCAAAACGAGCCAACAUUAAUUCCUGGACAGGUGCUGUCAUUCGAAAUGGUGCAAAUAGGAGUCAAAGAAAAGAUGUGGAUCAACAUAGUCAAUCCGACGCAAGAGCCCAUACUCAUCAAUCUCAUACUUAACACGGAGGCCAAGUCUCGCAACUGUAAGUAUAGAGCAAACUGGUUUUGGCAAGGCCACAAGCCACAGGUGCACAGAGAUAGCUCGGUGUUUGCUUUCGACGCAGGCGCUGUGACGGAAGCAAUCGUUCAAGGAGGUGGGAAGCUGCAACUCGGUCCAUUGUCCUUUCGGACGAGGCAGAAAUGCGACUGGACAGGACUCCUCUUCGUCAAGAACAAUUUCACAGGUUUAGAGUGGAUUCCCAUCCGCGGGAAAGGAAGCUCCGCAGGACUAGUUUUUCUGGACGGAGGGUCUGCCGUCAAGAAGCUGAGCAUGGCGGUGGAAGUCAGCGCAGGGACUAACUCAACUAGUCUUUCCGACGAACAGAUUUGCAACGCUAGAGUUCACAAGAAUUUCCAGGUGAAAAACACUGGGAGCGUAGUGCUGGAGGUCCGGAGGAUAGACCUGGCAGAAGCACCGAGCAUCACUCUUGGGCGCCAAAGUGGUUUCAGCCUAGCAGCAGGGGAAACGAUAGACAUGAUGGUCUCUUACAAGCACGACUACCAACACGCAGGGGCAAACAAGCAGGUACUUAAAAUGGUGACGAGCAUUGGAACGAUUAAAGCGCCGGUGGUGGCAACGAUACGUCGAGAGCUGGUUUCCUUGUGCGGCCCGGACCCAACUUUCCAGGAGAAGGUCGCUUUGCCAGUUAGCGUCUGCGCUCUGGUCCUAGUUCUCGGGGUCUUCUCCUGGCUACUAGUCCAGGAACUUCCUCAGCAAACGACGCGAAGUAGUCCGGGAGCCAAGGACAAGCAGGCCUGGAAACACGUCGCCCGCAUUCGGAAUCUUUGGAAAGCAAGAGUAAAAGUCGUGGCUAAAAACGCAGGCGACGACAAAAGCAGGGAGAGGCAGGACCACGGCGUGCCGAGACCCCUCGGCACACGCAUGCAGGAGGACGACAAGCUCCACGUCAAGAGAAAGCGAAAACCGAAGAGCACGUCUUCGCCACACAGUAGCUCGUCCUCCCCCGGGCCGGACAGCCCCCAUUCGAGCUCCGAGUCGGAGCUAAGAGUCCCGGCCAUUGAAAGGAUCCUCAUCUCGUCCAGGUUCUCCGAGCCCACAAUUCCCCCGAGGAAAGCCAAGCCACGGGUCACUCUUUCGAGCAAGGUGGCGGACAAGGAACUCUCGAGUAAGAAGCCCACGGCAGUGGACAAGGAACCGGACUUCCACGCUGCAUGGGAAGGAAAGAAGCUCGCAGUGAGAAUCCCGUCCAAGGAGGAGCCAGUCGAUCCACCCGGCCGCAAGACCGAGAGCGAGGAGCUUCGCGCGGCAUGGGAAGAGAGGAAGCUGGCAGUGAGGAUCCCGUCCAACGAGCCACUGGAAUCGCCCGGCCGCGCGACUGCCAAGACGAGAAGAUCCCCCGCCGCUAAGAACAAGGAUGGCAGCAGCCAGGAGAAAACCAUCACCACUUCCAAAUGCGAGAGCUUGCCACCAGCGAUGCCGGACGAGAGAACCGUACGCUUGGGAACUCCUCCAGCCCGGACUCCUGGAGUCCUGGGCCAGCAGCUCCGAGAAGCUUGGAGAGACGAUCAAGCCACGGCUGCUAUGUUCGUCGCCAGCCCCGCCAGCUCCACCAUCCCCGGGAGCUCCUCCAAGCAGCUCUCCUCGAUCGGGCAGCUGAGAAAGGCGGCGAUCGAGCGGACCACCUGAGAAGCUCCAGCGGCGCGAGGCCUCACAGCACACCGAUAGCCUGUACGACAUAUGGGGGGAUCACUUUGGAGAGAUCUCCAGCACGCUGUCCACGCCCAUAGGCAGCCCCGGCCACUACACGCCUCAUGCCACGGACCAGUCACUCUUCUCGCGCACUCUUCCAGCCAUCUCCAGCGCCGCCGCCAGCCACUAUGGGUUCCAGGAGGAGAAGCUCGCUUGGUCCGCCGCCACCACGGCCACCACGGCCACCACCGCCACCACCGCCACCUCCACCACCACCAUCGACAGCGGCGACGAGAAAGACGAUUCUCUGAGCUCGGAAGAACUGGCCAAUGCUUGGAAUUUGCUUGGCUUCUCUCCGGUGGACGCGUACGCCGAGCCACCAUCGCCGCCGCCACCGAUCUUCCUCGAGUGGAACGCGGAGUCGAUAUACACCACCAUUGUCUCGUAGCUACAAAGCUAGCUCCUCGAGGGGUCAUAUAGAUCACUCCAAUGUAAUGUAAAGACAAUAUAUUCGAUCGAUGAUUUCAAAGAGCUA